AUGGGAUUCCUUGACCCCAAUAACCUUGUGCCGACAGCCCCAAACAAGAAGAAGAAAAAGGAGAUAUUGCUCCAUUUGUUAGCGAUCACUCCAUCAGCAUCUCUUCUCCCCCUGCUAAAUCUUCCCACCACCGUGAAUCUACCACCUGGCAGCCUCCAAAUCGUUAGACCUAGCGUUUUCGGCCUGCCCAGGUCUAGGGCGUCGAAUCGACCGGCACUCCGUCGUUGUAACGCGGGGAUUUGGAUUCUUUGGACUCAUCGAUGGGUCUCAUACACUUUGUGCGACCCUUUUAUACAGACCUCGUUUGUGAGCUUCUAUGCUGAGCUUACUAAGUUGUGCAAGACGCGUAAGGUGUUUGAGGAAUUUGAACCAUGUGUGGUUGCGUGGAAUGCGAUGAUUGAUGAGUUUGUGAAGAAUAGGGAUAUGGGUUCUGCUGUUUUGCUAUUUGAAAGCAUGCCAAAAAGGGACGUGGUUUCAUGGACAAGCGUUAUAAACGGGUUUGGGAGAAAUUGGUGUUUUAGCAAGGGAAUUCAGUUUUUUCAGAUGAUGAUGAAUCAUGAGAAUGUGAUGGGUUGUUUUAUGAAGUCAAAUGAAGCUACUUAUGUUAGUGUGCUUUCUUCCUGUGCUAAUUUGGGUGGGUGCGAAUCUAGUUAUUGGGGGAAGCAAAUACAUGGGCAUGAGUCCAAAUCCAGUGUCAUUGAAGCUCUUGCUCUUAGGCCAGAUGUCGGUGUCCAGUACUUCGAUGAUGAUGUCACUGACCGAGGGUAA